AUGGUUGAACAGAACGUGGUCGAGGAGGAGGACACGGCGCCGAGGCUGCGCAUGAUGAACCAGUCGUUGAGCCGACACGACACGGUUGAGAAAGCCAUGAAGCAUGGGAGCGGACGGAAUACGUGGGCAGCAGGCCUUCAGAAGCUACUCGGCAGUGACAUCGAGGCCGCGUUCCGCCAGUAUGCGCGCGAGAAGUUCGGCCACCCGGACGUGGUGCCUCAGGUCACUGAGCUCAUCGACGCGGAAGUGGCAAACUGGAAGAGCGUGUCCAGUCGCAGAGCACUGACAACGGGCACACUGGGGAGAGCCAGGUUAGAUAUCGGCGUUGUAACAGAGGCUUGA